AUGCAAGGUUGCACAUGUCGAGUGCAAGUGGGAUGUGACAAGUCUCGAGAGGCUGAAGAGGAAAUUUGGCUGACCUCGAGCUGGUUUACUCGAGACUUGCACGACGCCAGCCAGUAUUGCGCCGGGAUCAACAAGAGGCGCUGCGGAGGCAGUGACGGCCGGGGGAGAGGACAGAGGCAGGAAAUUGCGGGCUUCAUGUUGGAAAGGUUCCCAUUCGACGGUGAUGUUGUUGGAGGCUUGGAGCUGGGAAGGAUUCAAGGUGAAGAGGAGCCUUGGGAGAGACGGGUUGGUGGGAGAGGAGACCAAGAGUUCAGGACUCUUGGCGAGUACGUACCUUCUUACGUUGCGGAUCGUGGAAACCUCCGUCGAGUUCGCGAUGGGUUCCUGGUCUCUCACUGUAAAUUGUGGAGAGCUGGACUUGGCACAGUAGAGUACGCCGUACAUAAGAGCUACCUUACUCGACGGGAGAUGGUGAUGGCGGUACGUAUCUUUCCUUCAUCUGCCUCUUUCCGCUUUGCAGCGUGCAAUUGGCAAAUGAGACGAGGCAGAGCAUGA